CCAAGCACCCACUUGGCUUUAGCAGAAUGGACAAAUCAAUACGGGCCUGCAUUCACCGUGCGCCAGGGAAGUAACGUCACCCUCAUCGUGGGCCGUGUAGAAGCAGCUAUCGACAUUCUCGAGAGGCAUGGCGGCGUCACACUCAGCAGGCCCGAGUCUGUCGUCGGUGGGACAAUGCUCUCGCGCGGGCAACGUAUCCUCAUUCAACCAGCAGGCGACAUGUUCAGGAGACUGCGCAAAGCUGUCCACGAGCCCCUGCAGCCCAAACAGGCGAAGACUUAUGCACCGAUUCAGCUUGAUGCUGCGAAGACCUACGUACUUAACGUUCUCGAGCGCCCUGACCUUUUCAAGCACUUCACAGACCUCUACGCUGCUACCGUAGUAUUGAAGAUUACCUACGGUCAAUCAGCACCUACCUCCUUUGACGACCCUGACAUCGUUCGCAUCCAUGAGAUGGCCCGUCGCUUCUUGGGUACCCUCAGACCCGGUGCGUACCUGGCGGAGCGCUUCCCUUGGCUGCGACACGUUCCGUGGUAUGCCCCCGAGAUAAAGCAAUACCGCAAGGACGAGCUAGAGCUGUUCCAUGAACACGUGAAUAAGACGCGCAUGUCGAUAGAAGAAGGGUCGGACGGUCCCUCAUUCGUGAGGUACCUACUCGAGAAUCCGGAGGCGCACGGACUUGAUAGCGACACACUUGCUUAUAUAGGCGGGUCUUUGUAUGGCGCAGGCUCAGAGACGACUGCUGUCGGCAUGACACGCAUCAUCAUGUCUGCCGCACUCUAUCCCGAAGCGCAAGAGAAGAUGAUUUCGGAAAUUGACAAACUCAUUGGUGAUCGAGUCCCCACGUGUGAUGACAUGGGCACGCUGCCUCAGCUUGAUGCAUUCGUGCAGGAGACAUUACGCUGGAGGCCGAUCGUUCCUCUUGGCUUCAACCAUAAGUCAACGGCUGACUUUGUAUGGAAUGGAUAUCACAUCCCCGAGGGCACGACAAUUCUCGGGAAUCAUUGGGCGCUGUCGAGAGACCCAGAUAUGUUCCCGGACCCAGAAACGUUUGAGCCUCAGCGCUGGAUCAAUGCUGACGGUGAGCUCAAGCCACAAAGCGAAAUCAGAAAUUUCAUCUAUGGUUUCGGAAGGCGUGUAUGCCCUGGCCAGUAUCUUGCGAAUCGGUCCCUUUUCAUCACGACGGCCUUGUUAUUCUGGGCCUUCCGCGUCUCCGAGGACCCGUCGCAUACUAUCGAUCCCAAUGCCGAUAACGGCGGAAUCAUCUCUCAUUCACUACCUUUCAAGGUCGCCUUUGAGCCUAGACGCAGCGUGGAGGAGAUUAAGCAAGCAAUGAUGGCCGCUGACUGA